AUGACCAGUCUAUCAACAAAGCUAGCCGACCUGGAAGCGGCAGGCAAGCCGAUCCAGGUCGGCAUCAUCGGAGCCGGCAAGUUUGGUUCCAUGUUCAUUGCCCAGUCCCACCGGACCGUAGGCAUGAGGCUGGCCGGCAUCGCCGACUUAUCCUCGGACCGCGCAUUCGCUUCGCUCAAGAGGACCAACUUCCCGACCGACAAGUACGACACCACGGUUAACGCUUCGAUAUCAGACGGCAUCAAAGCCGGCAAGACGAUAGUCACGACCGACUCGGCUGCUCUCAUUGCCACGCCCGAGAUCGAUGUCAUUCUCGAAGUCACUGGAAAUCCGGCUGCCGGCAUCAGGCAUGCGUUAUUGUGCUGUGAACACAAGAAGCACAUUGUCAUGAUCAAUGUAGAGGCAGACGUGCUAGCAGGACCGCUUCUGGCGCGGAAAGCCAAGGAAGCGGGCAUCAUCUACAGCAUGGCCUAUGGUGACCAGCCAGCCCUCAUUGCCGAGAUGGUAGACUGGGCGAGAACUGCAGGAUUCGACGUUGUCUGCGCUGGCAAGGGAACCAAGCACUUGCCCCAAUAUCAUUACUCCAACCCGGAUACCGUCUGGGACUAUUAUGGUUUCACCCAAGAGCAGUUGGACUCGGGCGACUUUAACCCUCAAAUGUUCAACUCGUUCCUUGACGGAACAAAGUCAGCUCUAGAGAUGGCGGCCGUGGCCAACGGUUGCGACCUGAGUCCGCCUUCGGAGGGACUCCAGUUCCCGCCUAGCAGCAAGGAUGACCUGCCCGAGGUUCUCAAGCCCGAGGCGGACGGCGGCCAGCUCAAGAAGAAGGGCACGGUCGAGGUAGUCUCGUGCAUGGAGAAGGACGGGCGAUGGACUCACGACCACCUAAGGUGGGGUGUAUACGUAAUAAUCGAGGCCGCCUCGCAGUACCAAAUGGACUGCUUCAAGCAGUACGGCCUCAAGACGGACAGCACCGGUCGGUAUGCCGCCCAGUACAAGCCAUACCACCUGAUCGGUCUCGAGCUCGGCGUCUCCAUCGCCACCAUCAUGUGCCGCGGCGAGCCCACGGGCCAGACUAAGACCUGGGCCGGUGACGUCGUGGCCACGGCCAAGCGCGACCUCAAGGCCGGCGAGAAGCUCGAUGGCGAGGGCGGCUUCACCGUCUAUGGAAAGCUCAUGACGGCUGAGGACUCGAUGGCCAUCUCGGGCCUGCCGAUUGGCCUGGCGCACGGGUUUGUCUUGAAGAAGGAUGUCAAGAAGGAUCAGGGUUUGAGCUGGGACGACAUCGAAUACAGCGAAAAGUCGCAAGCCGUUGCCGUGCGGAAAGAGAUGGAGGCCAUCUUCAAGAAGGAGUUCUCGCAAAAGUCGUCCAAGACCAACGGUGUUAAUGGCGUACAUUGA